AUGAAAACCGAAGCUCCAGAUACGGCCACCGCACCGAGGACAAUGAUACCCACCCACAGACACUCAUACACACGCCGCCUUGACAAUGUCGAGCACGCCGACUCAGAAACUAAAAUCGUGGUGCUCAAAUCAAUCGCACGAGACAUCUGCGAAACCUUCCAAGCCAUCGCAGAAUACGCCGAAGAAGGCGUGCUACAAGACGAGCACACGAAGCCGAUCGACAGCGUGAUCAUGAGCAUCCGCGACACGGACGUAAAACAGCGGAGACAGCUGGAGAAAACGAAUCGGCGGCUGCGCAAGGAACGAUACCGUGCUCACCAGCGGCUCCGUGGAUUGAUGAGCCUCGGGGAUGCAUUGGGGCGCGGUGCUAAUCGAAGAGUGAAGAAAUUGAAGAAUGACUUGCGCAAGGCGCAAGAAGAGAUUGCGCAGCUACGGGCUGAGCGAGAUAUCCUACGGGAGUGGGCGAUAACCCGAAGGAAGAAAAUUGUGACUGAGGUUACAGACGAGGUUACGGACGAGGACGCUGAUGGGGAGUUCGAACUUGUUACUGAAGACAAUAUCCAGGAGAAAUCUCAAGAAGCUGUGGAUGCCGGAGAAGACAAGGGGACUGAUUGA